UCAGUUGAAAGAGGAGAAUGUAAUGUCAAUUUAAUUGAAUUUUAAACAAAGUUAAACAUCAUCUUUAUUAGCAAUAUAUACAUAAACCAAACAGAAUUUUAUAUGAAAAGUGCAAUUUAUAUAACAAAUUUACAGAAAAAACAAAACAAUCACAGAAGAAAAGACGAGUGUCAGAACAGGAGAAUACAAUUGAGGUGGUGAGAAAAAAAUGUAAAAAGCAUACGCAGGCGAAAAUUUCAAUUACAAACAGCCCAGCCCGAAUACGAAAGCACUUAACUUUUCGUCUUUUACACAAACUAUCAGUUUUCAAAGUAAAUAGGCAGCGAUCACAGAGAAAAAAGAAUACAAUUUGAAAAAAAGAUAUACGACUAUCAAGAAGAGGUAGGCAAACUUUACCCUCAUUAGAGAAAGCGAUAAUUACAAACCCUCUUUUGUUAUACGAAACUGGAAGUUGGAAAAAGUGAACCAGUUGUAGUAGACCAAAUAAAACAUAAAAAUGUCAUCUGGAGAUUUUGGCAACCCCUUGCGUAAAUUUAAGCUCGUCUUCUUGGGCGAACAAAGUGUGGGAAAAACUUCUUUAAUCACUCGAUUCAUGUACGACAGUUUUGACAACACAUAUCAGGCCACGAUUGGUAUUGAUUUCCUCUCAAAGACAAUGUACUUGGAAGACCGUACAGUGCGUCUGCAAUUGUGGGAUACUGCUGGACAAGAACGCUUUCGAUCCUUGAUUCCAUCCUAUAUACGCGACUCAACAGUGGCAGUUGUAGUCUAUGAUAUUACCAAUACAAAUUCAUUCCACCAAACUUCCAAGUGGAUCGAUGACGUGCGUACUGAAAGAGGUAGUGAUGUCAUUAUCAUGCUGGUCGGCAAUAAAACUGAUCUGUCGGACAAACGACAAGUGUCUACGGAAGAAGGUGAACGCAAAGCGAAAGAGCUAAACGUUAUGUUCAUAGAGACAAGUGCCAAAGCCGGUUACAAUGUUAAACAAUUGUUUAGACGCGUGGCUGCAGCAUUGCCGGGCAUGGACUCUGCGACAGAAAAUAAGCCCAACGAAGAUAUGCAAGAAAUUACACUGGACACACAGAAAGAGACAAAGGACCCCGAAGGAGGCUGUGCCUGCUGAAUGCUGCUACUAGUUUAUUUUCAAUCUUGAUUCCUUUUUUGUAUCCCACUUCAUCAACGACGACGUCUCAUUUUCCACCUCCUAUGAUGCCCUGCGAAUGGUAGCAGGCCAAAGGAUGUUGUCAGCAAAGAUAACAACAUUUUUUCAUUUGUAAUUACCCGAUAUCAAUUCAAUCGUAAACUGAAGAUAAGACUUUGUGAAACUUAAUUUUUUUAUUAGUAAAGUAGCUAAAAACACUCCCAAAAAAAAAAAAGAAAAUGUAACAUUGUUUUUUAACGAGAGAAAUGUGUGUGUGAAGUUUAAACACAAAAACUUCCUAAACACCUUCAGAUUUCUCACUCUUAUGAUCAACUCAUCGUUUGUCUUCAUUUACAUAUAUACAAUCUUCAAAAGGCUAUCGAUCUAAACAACACACACAUUUCAAAUUUUAUUACAUUCAUUUUACUAUAUUUUUAUUAAUAAAUAUAUGUAUAAUAUUUAAGUUUAUUUAUAACGAAACAUAAAUAAAUAACUAUAUCACAAGGAAA